UGAAUACAGCUGAUUGAGUGACACAUGUGUGGGAUCUGUCAACCCUUGGUCCCAGUCAAAACAUUUAUACUCUGAAGAAGGUUUAAUUCCAUGCUAUUCCAUGACAACACGGUGACUUGUGUGGUUGUCAACGGCCAUUUUUUGAGGGUGCGAUUUUUUUGGUAUAUCUUUUUAAUAAAACUGGUGGUGUAUUCUACUUUUUAAAAGGUGGUAGAUGGUCUCUGACUGUCGAACGCGGAGGUACCACCCGGCGGAUCUCGUAGGCGGAGCCAGAAUGUGUGCAUGUUGCAUGCACACGUGUUCCCUCGCCAGAGUCCGUGUG